AUGCCAGAAACAUCCAACGCCUUGAUAGACCAGUUGGUAUACAUCGACAACUUCAUUAAUACUGCUGCUGAAGACACGCCAAAUCUUGACGUGGAUAGCCAGUUGCUGCUUGACCUAGCAGCUUUUGCGGACGACUCGUUCGUGUUUCCAGACGAAGAGAAACCUAAACACGAAGACGAACUGAACGACCACGACGAUACGCCAUUCCACCACGAGCUUGGCUCGAACCUGGCGUCUUUAAACAAUAACAACAACAGUAAUAGUAACGACGCGUGGUUUAGCCAGUCUGCCAGGCAACACAGGAAAAGCUUCAAAGACAAGGACUCCAACGGUCCCAAAGGUCUUAGCGUCAACGAGCGGACGAAACUAGCUAAACUUAACCGUCUUCAUCAUUACAACCAGAACUCGAACGAAUCCCUGACUCCGACACUUCCGAGCCAGGCGCACCCUGAGCCUUCAAACGAGACUCAUGUCGAAGAGAAUGUUCAAAACAACAGUCUUCUAAGUGAACCGCAGAGGGAUCUUUCUAAUCUUCCGAAGUUCCCUGUCCCACCUGGAGCUAAAACUUCCCUUGAGCAAGCUGGUCUUAGUCUGUAUCAAAUCGACUUGCUAUCUGCAUUGAUCGCUCAGCACCAGGGAAACCUUACUGAAGAACAUGCUGACCCAUUCCAAAACCAACAUUCUCGUAAUCAAUCCGGGAUAGACUAUCCCAGUACAUUCGCUAUUGCUCCUACUUUGGCCUACCAGACUAACGCAGUUGACACACCAGGUUCCGUCAACUCUGCUUUCAGCUCCGAGAGCUCUCGGAGUAACUCCGCUCUUGCCACACCCAGUGUGCUGAGUACCGGUGAUUUUGGUAUGGACAGAACUAAUGACUUGGAUAAGAGAAAAAGAAAUACUGCUGCUAGUGCUCGUUUCAGAAUCAAGAAGAAGAUGAAGGAGAAAGAAAUGGAGGCUAAGAUUCUGCUGUUAGAUGAUCAUAUCAGGAAAUUUGAGGUCAAGGUGAGCGAACUCGAGAUGGAGAACAGGCUUCUCAAAAAUCUCAUUAUUGAAAAGGGAAACCGCAAUUCCGACGAGGAGCUUCUUCUAUUAAAGGAGAGGAUAAAGGUCGAAAAGCGGAGCUAA